GUGUCUGCUACCUCCGACGUUCGCUGACUGUGAGGGGUAUGUUACGAUGCUCCCGCAGGUUUAUAGUAUGAUCAAACCUGUUUCCUCUCGUCUUUCGCCGCACCCUUAAUUUUCAUCUACCAUUUGAAUUCGCGAUGAAAGCUUUUUGGAUUCUGCCCUUAAUGGGCGUCCUCGUCAAGAGCAAGCUUGAUGACGACAUGGGCCCAGCUGCUUUCCUGUGGCCUAGUGACCGAGCUUUCUCGGCCGUGAACGACAACACAGCACCUUGCGGCUCAGCUGCGGGGGUCACGAAUCGUACCGUAUUCCCUAUGACAAAUGGAGCGGUUGCUGUGGUUCUCCAGGAUGAAUCAUACAAUGUCAACCUCGCAGUUUCUCACAAAGACAAUCCCACAAGUAACGAUGACUUCAGCACCCUCGUCUCCUCGUCAAACUUUCCCGACCUGAAAUCCGGCCACGAAUGCUACUCAGUGCCCAACGCGCCAUCAAGCGUGUCACCCGGGUCCAAUGCCACGCUACAACUCAGUUACAUCUCUAAAGGCGAGACUGAUACUAAUAAAACCUACUAUGCGUGUGCCGACAUCACUUAUGUUGCGCUGAAAGAUUUCACUAUCCAAGUCCCCUGUUUCAAUGUCUCCAUUGACAACCCUACUGCAGUUACGAGCUCGUUGGCGGUCGGGGCUACGGCAACGGCAACCUCGACGACUGCUGCUUCAACGUCGUCCUCUACUAGCGACACUGGAGGAAGCCAUCUCUCUGGCGGCGCGAUUGCGGGCAUCGUGGUGGGAACGGUUGUGGGCGGUUCUCUCGUUCUGGCGGCCCUCGUUAUCCUCUGGCGACGCAGGCAGCAGAAAGCGCGGCGGGAGAAGAAUGUUGCGCUCAAGAUGAACGAGCUGACGAGUAGGGAUCAGACAAGCUCCACGGCUGGGCAUUGAAUAUUGAUGAAUGCUUCCUUCCAGAAGGCUUGGCGUAACCGGAAUGUGAGUGUGUGAUGUGAGCGUGUGAUUGGCGGGAGCAUGCUGCGGAUGACCGCAUCAUCAGUCAUGAUCUUCGGCCAGCCAAACCGAGGAUUCUUUGUUAAUGACAAUGCAUAUGAACGUGAAGGACAGCUGCAUGGGCUUGAUGUCAUGUCACUACGAUCUUCAGCUUUUAAAAUGAGGUUAUGGUGCUGGGGUGACGACGACUGAUGUCAGAUGGCUCUACAAAUAAUAACGAUAAUGAUAAACAUAAGCAUAAACAU